AUGUCACAACCAGACCCCUACGAAGCUGAUGCCGGAAAAAUCCCCCCGUCGGAUCCCUACCGUGGCGAGCCCUUUUAUGGUCGUUAUCUCCCCCAUGCUACAGAUUUCACACCAGACUCGCAGCACAUCAACUCGGUUACCCCAGAGUCCGUGGCGUACUGGGCCUCUGUCCUGUCCAAGUGCACCGUGGAAAAUCGCAUCUACGACAAUGAGACGGGCGGCCGCGACGUGUUUGCGCUGGGCCGUGUCAUCAUCAAGUCGACACACCUCAAAGCCGACCCGGGGAGAGACUACGCACUGGCGGACGCCAACGAAGUGGCUGCCACUGCACUGGCCGGACCGGUUCUUGAAGCGAUCGCGAUCAGGGUCCCCAAAAUCUACUUUGCCAGCAAGAUUCACGGUCGGAGUGUGCUCGUGCAGGAGAGAAUUCCUGGUGUCGGGCUCAACGUUGCGUGGCGAUAUCUGCCCGCGCCGGCGAAGCUCUCUUUCAAGGAACAAGCGCGCGAGGUCUUGAGAGCGCUGCAUGCGAUGAGAGCGGCGCCCGACCAUGCGCAGUGCGGUGGCCGCCCUGGCUACGUCGUCGCCGACCCGGACCCGGUGACCAACCGCGGCAUCCAGCCGCUGGAACGGGACAUACUGCUGGGCGACGAGCGCACGCCGCAGGACCGGUACACGCUGAUGCACAACGACUUGUCGCAGUCGAAUUUGAUCGUCGAUCGAGGCCGGAUUGUGGCCGUGGUCGAUUGGGAGAUGGCGGGCUGGUUUGGCUGGGACCUGGCCAGGGAGGUGCAUCUGCGUAUCCGCAGCCCUUCAAAGGAGUCGAUGCGCUGGGGGGUUGCAGAGGACAAGGAUCAACCAGAUUUCUGGAACACGGGUCAAGACAUUCACCCUGGUCUUUUUUCACAGCUGAGCAGGGGUGAAGCUAGCCUUGCACCGCCCACCCAACCCAAGAUGCUAAGUAAUAGCAACGAGGCCAGUCCAGCUGAGAUGGCGGGGCUCGUUUCGGGGAAUACCGUGGCCUUGUGGGAGAGGCGGGUUGGAUACAUUUCAAAUAGCGGCACCGGCGGUUGCUUCGUGAAGAGCUGGCGGGUUGGCCUAGACCAUGUCGCACAUCUCAACCCCUCCAUGACCCCUCCUCCCUCUCCAACAAAGGAGGCAGCCCCUCACCUUGAUUGA